GACGACUCGAGACCCCGUCAACCAAAGGCAUCAUCAUCCUAGUGACCUACUGGACCUGGGCUACCUGAGUGACUCCAACCGUUCCCCCACUCAGUCCAGUCCAGUCCAGUCCAGUCCCCGUCCCCGUUCCUCGUCCGAGGUGGUACCUUGCUCGCCGUACUGUGUCGUGUGUUUUCUUAUCUUCCGGUCCCCGUCCCGUCCCGUCUUCCCUCCCUUUCUCUCUCUCUCUCUCUGUGACUGUGGUCUGCUUGUGAUUCAUUUCCGUCCCGCCGUCGUGAUUCCCUUUCUCUUCCCAAUUUCCCUCGUCUCCUCGAGUCCGAUCUUCUGCAAUCCUUUUUCGCCAGUUUCCCUCCCCGCACACACGCACUGCUGCAGCUUUAAUUCCCUUAUAACCCCUCACACAGCGGUUAUACAUCCCGUCUUUUUUUUUUUUAAUCUUUAAAACACCAAACCACAACAAACAACCAAAACAAAAUGUCUCCCGUUGCUGCUGGUCGUUCGGAGAAGGAGUCCAACCUGGCUAGGUUGCUGGGAUCCGGCUCUGCUGGUAUCGCCGAGUUGGCCAUCUUCCAUCCUGUCGAUACCAUCGCUAAGCGUCUGAUGUCCAACGAGACCAAGAUCUCCAACACCGCCGAGCUUAACAAGGUCAUCUUCAAGAACAAGGCCGAGGCCCCCUUCGGUCGCAAGUUCGUCUCCCUCUUCCCCGGUCUCGGCUACGCCGCCGGCUACAAGGUUCUCCAGCGCAUCUACAAGUACGGCGGCCAGCCCGUUGCCCGCGACUUCCUCGGCACCCACUACGGCAAGGACUUUGAGAACGCCUUUGGCAAGAAGACGGGCAAGGCCAUCAUGCACUCGACGGCCGGCUCGCUCAUUGGCAUUGGCGAGAUCGUUUUGCUUCCCCUCGACGUCCUCAAGAUCAAGCGCCAGACCAACCCCGAGGCCUUCAAGGGCCGUGGCGUCUUCAAGAUCAUCAAGGACGAAGGCUUCGGCAACUUGUACCGCGGCUGGGGCUGGACGGCCGCCCGCAACGCGCCCGGCUCGUUCGCGCUGUUUGGCGGUUCCGCCUUCGCCAAGGAGUUCCUCUUUGGUCUGAACGACUACAACAAGGCGACGUGGUUCCAGAACUUUGUCGCUUCCAUUGCUGGUGCCUCUGCCUCGCUCGUCGUCUCGGCUCCCCUCGACGUCAUCAAGACCCGUAUCCAGAACCGCAACUUCGAUAACCCCGAGUCGGGCUUCCGCAUCUUGACCAACAUGGCCAAGAACGAGGGCGCCGGUGCUUUCUUCAAGGGUCUGGUGCCCAAGCUCUUGAUGACGGGCCCCAAGCUUGUUUUCUCUUUCUGGCUGGCUCAGACUUUGAUUCCUGCCUUUGAUAUUGCUUUCCGCAAGUAAAGCGGGGGAGUUCAGUGUCGAUGAGGAACGAGCAAAAAAGAAAGAACAACAAAAAUCGGCGUUUGUUUUUGGAUCGGAAAGGAAGCCUUUUUGAUGGAUAGAGAACAUGAUCUGUCAUCAUGUUUUGUUUCGCCAUCUGUUUGUAACAAUAUCAUUGUGCGUGUGUGUGAGCCGGAGUGGUUGGGAGGGUUAUCUAAAGGGUUCAUGAUAGAAAUAUUCCCCGGCGUUGUGUGUGUGUCUGUGUGGGUUGGGCAAAAAUAAAAUUUUUCCUUGUUGAUGUCUUCACAACCUUCUUCCUGGCUUUUUGAUUUUUCGUUGUGAAUGUUGGAUUCUCGGAGGAAAUUCAGAACCCGGCAUAACAUCGGCUCGAAUCGCCCUUACUUCUCUCACCAGGUCCAGAUUCCAGAGUCAGCAUUUCAUUCAGUGUUAUUUCCCUUUUCU